AUGAAGGUUCUUCCAAGUCCGACCCUCCAACCUCUUCUGUGUUGCAUUUCUGCACCAAAUCCACGCUCCACCCACGUCUCUACUGGCAGAGGCACCUCCCUCGCCACCCGAACCAAUAUAUUCUUCUCGUCGGCAACCAAAUCCAAGCCUAUAGACCACGUCCUCAAGCUUUUCCACCUCCUUCCCGCCCGCGACACCGUCACCUGGAACACCGCCAUCUCCGCCUGCCUCCGCCACUGCCGAGUCGAUGCCGCCCUUCGCCUCUUCGUCGACAUGCUCCUUGCUUCCUCCCCUGCACCCGAUGCCAUCACAAUUCGCUUGGUUCUCAGAGCCUUCUCGGAAGCGAACGAUUCCCGGCUCUUGCCUCAGAUCCAUGCUUAUGUGCUCAAGCUCCAGGAGCAGCUCCCGCCCUCAGAACUGACCGUCCUUCACACUUGUUUGCUCAAUUCGUAUAGGAAAUUUGGAUACGUCAACCUCGCUCAUAAGGUGUUCUGCGGAAUGCCUGACCAAGAUGUCGUUACCUUCACUUCUAUGUUGACUGGCUACGUCCAGGACGGCAGACAUGUGGAGUCGCUGAGGAUUUUCCAGGGAAUGGUUGAGAGUGGUCGAUUUAGGCUGAACGAGCAUGUGUAUUCUUGUGCAUUACGUGCUUGCGCUGGCAAUUCAACCUUGUCCGACGCUCAGCAGAUCCAUGCACAUGUCCUGAAAUCAGGCAUGGCAUCCGAUGUGUUCACAGGUACUAGCUUGGUUGAUUUGUACGUAAAAUGUGAUGAGAUGGAGUGUGCAAGGAGAGCUUUCUUGGGAAUUUCUGAGCCCAGUGUCGUGUCGUGGAACGCACUGAUGGCUGGGAAAUUGGAUGGAAAUGAAGAAAUUAUGUUAUUUGGUCACAUGAGGUCUUUAGGUGUGGUUCCAGACCACAUGACGUUCGCAAAUGUUCUUCGAGCUUGUGGAGAUGGUGUUGGCACUGAAGAAGUGCGGCAGUUGCAUGGCAUUGUCAUGAAGAUGAUGGAAGUCAAAUUGGAUACGUUUGUCAGCAUUGCCCUUUUUGAAGCUUACAUUGAUCAUGGCUGCUUCAAUGAAGCUCAAAAUGUUUUUUCUGAGAUGGUGCAAAAGGAUGAUGUGGCAUAUAACUUGGCAAUUCAAGGGUACAAUAGAAAUGGGCAUGCAACAGAGGCUGUGAGCUUAUUUCUUGAGUGUCUGAAGAUGGGGAAGGAAUUGAGAGAGGUAACUCUGUCAUCAAUCUUGAAGGAAGUAGGAUUGCAUUCAGGAAGACAGCUGCAUGCUAUGAUUUCCAAGUUUGGAUGCUCUGGUAGUGGUCAGUAUAACUUCCUACUUGGCCCUUUGAUUAGGAUGUAUUUGGACCAUCAUUUUUUGGAUGAUGCACUAUGUGUAUUUGAAAAGCUUCAUCAGCGAGACCUGGCACUGUGGACUUCACUCAUCUCAGGGUUUUCCCGGAUUGGAGAGAGCGACGCCGCUCUGAAGCUGUAUGUCAGAAUGGUCACAGAGGAGUCAGUGGAACCUCCAAAUCACUACAUGUUUUCAGCUGUUCUCAGCUCAUGUGCACAAAUUGCAGCACUGGAAGAAGGAAAACAGAUCCAUGCCCAGGUGAUCAAGUCAGAUCACAGAGUGAAGUGCGAUACUUUUGUUGUGAGUAGCUUGUUACACAUGUAUGCAAAGAGUGGCCACAUAGAAGAAGCCAUUAGGCUAUUUGAAAAGAUGCCAAAACGAGACAUGGCCUCCUGGAAUGCCAUGAUCAGUGGCCUAGUUCAGCAUGGUUUUGCCAAAAGAGCCAUUGACACAUUCCAAGAAUUAGUGAAGCUGAAGUGA